UCUUUCUCAAAAAUCCACAAGAACCACACGUUUUCAGUGAGAAGGCAGAAAAAGAAGCAGCCAAAUUCCAAACUCUCACCUCAUCCUUUCGUUCCUCGGCGCCACCAUCACUCGACCCUCUUUGACUCCUCAAUCCAAAGAACAAAAAGCAUGAUCGAUAUCACUAUGCAUCAUCAUCACCAUCGUCUUCACCUCCAUCCAUGGCCCAUUACCCCUCUCCUCCCCAAGAUUAACUUCUCUCUCCUCUUGCUCUGUUUUCAGGCACGGACUCUUGUUUCUCUCAGACAUGAUUCUUCCUUAUCGCUUCUCUCCGGCCAGAAACCACUCCAUUCUUCUCCGGGGUUCUCAUCUAUUCAUACCCAGAACUCAAGGUUCCUUCUUUCUCAAGGAAGCUCCUUCCUUGGAGAGCCCCCUUGCCCUGUUCUUCAAGGAUCCUUCUCUGUCCAGAAACCCUAAUAACCCCCUGAAACUCGCACACCCUUUUGCAAGCAUCUCCUCGUUUGCAGAUUCUGGUGGGGAAGAACAGCACCAUGAGGAACAAAUCCACCUACAGAAACCAGAUCAUGUCGCAGAUGCAGAGAAUGCCGACUUACCUGGAAUGGCUCAAGCCUUCAAUAUCUCCUCCAACACUGCGUGGGGAAUCUCGACGCUCAUCGCCUUCUCGGCUCUAUGUCUCCCACUGUUCAUGAAGUCAUUAGGACAAGGUCUGGCUCUGAAGACGAAGCUUCUGUCCUAUGCGACUCUACUGUUCGGGUUCUACAUGGCGUGGAACAUAGGAGCCAACGACGUGGCCAAUGCCAUGGGGACGUCCGUCGGGUCUGGAGCACUGACGCUCCGGCAGGCGGUGGUGACGGCGGCCGUUCUGGAAUUCUCCGGCGCUCUGUUGAUGGGGACCCACGUGACGAGCACGAUGCAGAAGGGGAUUCUUGUGGCUAAUGUGUUCCAAGGGAAAGACUCGUUGCUCUUCGCUGGUCUUCUCUCUUCCUUGGCUGCAGCUGGAACCUGGUUGCAGGUCGCAUCAUACUACGGGUGGCCUGUGUCGACGACUCACUGUAUAGUGGGAUCGAUGGUGGGUUUUGGGCUGGUGUACGGAGGAGCUGGUGCCGUCUUCUGGAGUUCCCUGGCCAAGGUGGCUUCUUCUUGGGUCAUCUCCCCUGUCAUGGGAGCCCUUGUCUCAUUUCUUGUCUACAAAUUCAUCCGCAGAUUCGUGUACAGCGCGCCAAACCCGGGACAAGCGGCUGCAGCCGCCGCACCUAUAGCCGUCUUCCUUGGCGUGACCGGGAUUUCCUUUGCCGCAUUACCUCUCAGCAACACCUUCCCUAUAGCUCUGUCUCAGGCCUUAGCAGCCGGAGCAGCAGGAGCCAUUCUCGUGGACAGAAUCAUCCGGAAACAGCUCGGACACCUCCUCGCCAAGUCCUCCUCCUCGCCGGCGCCGUCAACGCCCAAAGGUCUCGGAUUUCUCUCAGACAUCGCCGGACCCACCGGCACCCAGCUCGAGAUCGUCUACGGGGUCUUCGGCUAUAUGCAAGUCCUCUCCGCCUGCUUCAUGUCCUUCGCCCAUGGCGGUAACGACGUCUCCAACGCCAUCGGGCCCUUAGCCGCCGCUCUGAGCAUCCUCCACGGCGGAGCAGCGGGCGGAGGCGGCGGGAUUAUAAUACCCAUAGACGUCCUCGCUUGGGGAGGCUUCGGAAUCGUCGCAGGUCUCACGAUGUGGGGAUACAGAGUCAUCGCAACCAUAGGCAAGAAGAUCACAGAGCUCACACCGACUCGUGGGUUCGCGGCGGAGUUCGCGGCCGCGUCGGUGGUGCUGGUCGCGUCGAAGCUGGGGCUUCCGAUCUCGGCGACGCACACGCUCGUCGGAGCAGUGAUGGGCGUCGGAUUCGCUAGAGGGCUUAACAGCGUGAGAGCAGAGACGGUGAGAGAGAUCGUCGCUUCGUGGGCCGUCACGAUUCCCGUCGGAGCCACUCUCGCCGUUCUCUACACGUGGGUCUUCACCAAGCUCUUGUCUUUCCUGUGGUGAGUUUAGGUUCUGUCUCUCUCUCUCUCUGAUUUCUGAUCCGACGAACGGUGAUUUGGUGUUCAUGUGGUCUUGAUUUGGAUCUGAAACCCUAUUUUGUGUGGAGAUUUUUGUAUCGUUCGUUCCCCGUGUUAUUUUUUCUAAUCUUCGGUUAAUGCAAAUUUUUGCUGUUCACCCGU